CGCCACUAGCUUAUCCUCCCCUCCCUCGUCCCACAGUCCAUCCCCAACCCAAGUCAGCGGCUGACGCGGACGCCGGCGAGCCGCGCGGCCGGAGGACCCUCGCCUCCUGCCCUGUCUACCGCCGGCCUCCGUAGCCAUGUCCUCCGUCCACUUCUUCCCCGCAUCCUCCCAGACCCCGGUCCCGGCCCGCCUCCUCAAGCCCUCCCCGAAGCCGCCCUUCCCCUGCCCCCGCGCCCUGUCCAGCGCCGCCUUCCACCACGGCGGCGGCAAUGCACACGCGCGGCGCCGCCCGCACCUCCGUCUGCGGCGGGGGGUCCGGGCCCCCGCGGCUCCCGCCGAAGCGCCGCCCGUGGGCCCCGACGGCGGGAGCGGGGGCGGCGGUGCGGGGGGAGGCGGCGGCGGGGAGGACGAGGAGGAGGAGGGGGAGAGGAAGGAGAAGGGCCUGCUGCCCGAGUGGAUGAACGUGACUACGGAGGACGCCAAGACGGUGCUGGCCGCGGUGGCCAUCUCGCUCGCAUUCCGCUCCUUCGUUGCCGAGCCGCGCUUCAUCCCCUCGCUCUCCAUGUUCCCCACCUUCGACGUCGGCGACCGCAUCGUUGCCGAGAAGGUUACUUACUACUUCAGAAAGCCAUGUGUAAAUGACAUAGUAAUUUUCAAAAGCCCGCCAGUGCUACAGGAGGUCGGAUAUACUGAUAAUGAUGUUUUCAUCAAAAGAGUAGUUGCGAAGGGGGGCGAUGUUGUUGAGGUUCAUGAAGGAAAACUUGUUGUGAAUGGUGAGGCUAGAAAGGAAGAAUUUAUUCUUGAGCCACCUUCUUAUGACAUGAAUCCAGUGCAAGUACCUGAAAACUCGGUUUUUGUAAUGGGAGAUAACCGAAACAACAGUUAUGAUUCCCAUGUGUGGGGCCCGCUUCCAGCAAAGAACAUAUUGGGGAGAUCGGUUUUCCGGUAUUGGCCCCCUGGUCGCAUAGGUGGUACAGCCAAGGGUUGCCUCAACCCUGAACUGAACCCUGAAACAAAGCCAGGAUCACUUAUUGAUGUCAAAUUGACCAAGUAGAAGUUGAUCGAUUAGUUAUUGUAGUGUGAAACUAGAGCUUCACAUGAGCGCCUUUAGAUUAUUCCUCCUUUUGUAGAAUCUCAUAGAGGAAUAAUUUAUUGUGGCAUCUAGCUCUACUAGAAAUCAGAGAGGGGAGCACAUUUCGUUCUCCCUGCGAUUGGGGUUGAAGGGCGAAAGGCACGGAAGCCGUUUUGUCUCAAGGUUUCAGUUACCUUUUUGCCUUGUUGUAUACUCCUUAGGGAAACUUGAUAUUCAUCUUCCGUCAAUUGGAAGGUGGUUGACCUAAUCAAGCUGGAAAAUAUGAUUUCAUUGCUGAAAUCUAGAUCCUGGAGCAUUAUGUAAUGUAAUCCUUGUGCAUCAUGGCAUGCAUGUCGAUCUUGUAAACGGAGAACACGUGUAUAUGUGCACACGCCAUUGAUUCGUCUGUAAAUGUUCAGACUAUACAUUUGAGUUUGUAGCCUCA